AUGUGGCGGUGCGUGUCUCGUCGCCUUGGCAUUCCUUCAACGAGAUCCAUCUCCGGCGAAUCCCUCGGACCUCACUUUGAUAGACUCUUCUCCACACAAUCCAAUGUGGGAGUUUCAUCAUAUACCGUCGUUGAUCAUACCUACGAUGCAGUUGUGGUAGGAGCAGGCGGUGCUGGGCUCAGAGCGGCGAUAGGGUUGUCUGACCAUGGUUUCAACACCGCUUGCAUUACAAAGCUCUUCCCUACUCGUUCACAUACCGUUGCGGCUCAGGGUGGAAUAAAUGCUGCUUUAGGUAAUAUGACUGAGGAUGACUGGAGGUGGCACAUGUAUGACACAGUGAAGGGAAGUGACUGGCUAGGUGACCAGGAUGCUAUUCAAUAUAUGUGUCGGGAGGCACCAAAGGCAGUUAUAGAGCUUGAGAAUUAUGGGUUACCAUUUUCCCGGACUGAAGAUGGAAAAAUAUACCAACGGGCAUUUGGUGGCCAAAGCCUGAACUUUGGGAAAGGUGGACAAGCAUAUCGUUGUGCAUGUGCUGCUGAUCGAACUGGCCAUGCUCUAUUGCAUACUCUCUAUGGCCAGGCCAUGAAACAUAAUACACAAUUUUUUGUGGAAUAUUUUGCUUUGGAUUUACUUAUGGCUAACGAUGGUAGCUGCCAAGGUGUAAUUGCACUUAAUAUGGAGGAUGGCACCCUGCAUCGGUUCCGUGCUGCUUCAACAAUUCUGGCCACUGGGGGCUAUGGUAGAACAUAUUUUUCUGCAACCUCUGCUCAUACUUGCACUGGAGAUGGCAAUGCAAUGGUUGCACGUGCUGGACUUCCUCUUGAGGAUCUUGAGUUCGUGCAGUUUCACCCAACUGGUAUAUAUGGUGCUGGUUGCCUCAUUACUGAAGGAUCACGUGGUGAAGGUGGUAUUCUUAGGAACAGUGAAGGUGAACGAUUUAUGGAGCGCUAUGCCCCAACAGCCAAGGAUCUUGCUUCAAGAGAUGUUGUUUCAAGAUCUAUGACUAUGGAAAUCCGAGAAGGUCGUGGUGUAGGAUCCCUCAAGGACCACAUUUAUCUACACUUGAAUCACUUACCCCCGGAGGUCCUCAAGGAAAGGCUACCCGGUAUCUCCGAAACUGCUGCCAUUUUUGCUGGUGUUGAUGUUACAAAGGAACCAAUCCCUGUUUUGCCCACUGUUCAUUAUAAUAUGGGUGGAAUUCCCACAAAUUACCUUGGAGAGGUUGUUACCAUUAAAGGUGGUGAUCCUGAUGCAGUGGUUCCUGGACUAAUGGCUGCUGGGGAAGCAGCCUGUGCAUCUGUGCAUGGUGCCAAUCGACUUGGGGCAAAUUCGCUUCUUGACAUUGUUGUGUUUGGUCGAGCUUGUGCAAACAGGGUUGCAGAAAUCAAUAGACCGGGGGAGAAACAAAAACCUUUGGAAAAGGAUGCAGGCCAGAAGACUAUUGCUUGGUUGGACAAGCUAAGGAAUUCCAAUGGUUCUCUUCCAACAUCAAAAAUAAGGUUGAAUAUGCAACGAAUAAUGCAAACUAAUGCUGCUGUGUUCCGCACGCAGGAGACAUUAGAGGAAGGUUGUCAGUUGAUUGACAAAGCAUGGGAGAGCUUUCAUGAUGUUAAGUUGAAGGACCGAAGUCUGAUAUGGAACUCAGAUUUGAUAGAAACUAUGGAGUUAGAAAAUCUUUUGAUCAAUGCUUGUAUCACCAUGCAUUCUGCUGAAGCUAGGAAAGAGAGCAGAGGAGCACAUGCUCGGGAAGAUUUUCCGAAAAGAGACGAUGAGAAUUGGAUGAAGCAUACAUUGGGAUAUUGGGAGAAUGAGGAAGUCCGGCUAGACUACAGGCCAGUUCACCUGCAUACAUUAGAUGAUGAGGUGGAGUCAUUCCCGCCAAAGGCUCGUGUGUAUUGACAUAUUUGCUCAUCAGAAAGUGGUUGGUGACUUGAGAAGGUGAUUUGUUUAAUAUUAAGUUUGCCAUAAAUUAUCUGAAUAGCACAAGUUUUGAUAAUAAUUGUUGUAUUCAUCACUGCUAAUCUGAUGCAACCUCAAUUGUUCAUAAAUUUUGAAGCAAAUAUCUUCAUUAGUAAGGUACUAUGUAUACCAGCAACAACCCCGGCACUCUGCAAUAUUAAAAAUCAAACAUUGAUUAUGCAAUAUUUAUAUUUUAAG